AUGGCAUCAACCGGCGUUUGUCAUGAGUUCGCCCGACUAGGCCGCUGCAGCAAGUCCGUAUGCAGAUUCCAGCAUACGCGGAAUGCCCAGUCAUCUAUCCAAGAUACCCAAAACCGAAAAAACCGUCCCAAUCAAACAAGCGUUCUAUCAGAAUCAGACGGAGAACUUCAAGCGUGGAAGAACAGUUUUGUCUUGAAGAGCUCUUUCACGUCGGACCAUGACGGAAAACUUGAAAAGUUCUUCAAGAAAGCCCGUCAGCUCAUCGAGAUGGACGCCGGGUCAAAGCAGGAUGUGAUACGAACACUCUCGCAAGAACAUGGUCUACAUGUAAUUCGGUCUCUAUUAGAACAAAGCUUUGAACUCUACGAUGAUGAUCUUGUCUUCAACUCGCAGAUCAUGCCCUUUCUGGAGAUUAUCACGCAUCCCACUGUUUUGGGCUCUAUGAUUCUACAGCAAUUCGUGGGCACUAUCUAUGGCUACGUGUUCGGUAUUGAGGGAGCCAGAGCAGCCAGAGUCCUCGGAAAGAUCUGCAAUCUUCUCGAGAAAAAUACUGCAAAAGAAACAAGCAUCCAGAUAUUAGAGGUGUCCCUGCUCUUCUUUUCUCGCAUUUUGGAUCUCAAUUCGACGGCUAUUAUUCAGGAAAGUCUCCAUCAGCUGGCAAAGAGAUUUGAGUGGGUUUUCAAUUCCAUGGUCAAAGAUCAUGGGCCUACUCAACUUGCCCAUUGCCGGGAUUACUUGACCCGCCUUCGACGUCGUCUAGCGGUUGGAGCCUCGCUCCCUACAGCGUCCGCUCAGAACAGAUCUGAACGAAAUGACGACGCCUUCGUCUUUUUGCGUGAAAGCCCUGGCGGUCGACAUGGCAAUGAUCACGGCGACAUCUGUGAUAUCGCAAUCAUGCCCACUUUUGAAGAGAUCGCCAGUGGUCGCUCAGAGUAUCUACCAGUGAAUAGUUCAGCAGAAUGGCAUCUUGAGGGCAUCGACGGUCUUCUCGAUAGAAACUUUCGUCUUCUGAGAGAAGACACAGUGGGGCAGCUUCGUGACGCUGUUCACCAUUUGCUCGAUGAUGCCCAGUCUAUUCAUCCAAAAAUGCAGCUUCGCAAGCACGAGUACAAAAAUGCAGCAAUUGCCAACUGUCACGCUAACUGGCUCACUGGGCUCGAAUUCGAAGUCAGAAUCCCUCAGCCCGCUAUCUUGACAGGCAAGACUACGAUUGCACGAGAGGAAUGGUGGGUAGCCUCACGACGCCUACAGCCGGGUGCCCUUGUAUGCUUGUCCAUCCACCAGCUGGCAAGUAUUUUGUUCUGCACAGUUGCAGAACAGAAAGGCCCUCGGGUGGAGCCCAAAGAAGAGAAAAGGAAACCCGGAGGAAAUUUGUGGAGACGCGCAGCUACUGCAUCAAUUACAUUGGUACUUGUUGAUCCCAGGGAGGCAAACGUAAAAACCGUCCUAGACCUUUAUGAUCGAACUGGGGUGGCCUUAUCUCUGGUCGAAUUCCCCGGAAUCCUUCUGCCAUCCUUUGAACCGACACUCAAAGCCCUUCAGACAAUCAAGAAAAAUCCGGUCAUGCCAUUUCUAGAUCUGCUUAUGCCUUCAACCCCUGGAAUGCCUAGUUCGAUUCAUCUGGCCCCUCCGUUGUAUUCUCUCAAAUCUGAAUUCGCUUUUAAUCUUGCAUCUUUGAUGAAAGACCAAGCUGAUUUCUUGGUUUAUCCAAACAAAAAAGUUGAUCUGCAAGGACUACAUGGGAAUUCAACCCUGGACGAAGCUCAGGCUGAAGCUCUCGUCCAUUGUCUGCAACACAAUAUUGGUCUCAUCCAAGGACCCCCUGGUACGGGUAAGAGCUACACCGGUGCGGCCUUGAUCAAGGUUCUUCUAGAGAGCAAGAAAUCUGUCGCUCUGGGGCCGAUCAUUUGCGUCACUUUCACAAACCAUGCUCUGGAUCAACUCUUGGAAGACGUGUUGGACCAAGGCAUCACAUCGAAAGUCAUUCGAAUUGGCGGACAGUCCAAGUCGGAGAGGCUAGAUGCCUUCAACCUCAACGUUAUUGCCAGAAACUUGGAGCGAACAAAGAUGGAAAAGGGGUCCUCCUUCCAGGAACGUCAGAUCAUGCAGAAGUCUGAGGUCAAAUUCAACAAUAUCAAUCUUCGGAAACAAGUUCCUGCUGCGGACUUGGUGAGUUUCCUCCGUGUGUAUUACCCUCAUCACCACAAGCAAUUGUUCGGGGAGGGUGGAAGUGAUUUCCAACCCGUUGUAUCCGGAAAUUCCAAUUCUAUCAUCAGAAAGUGGGUUAAUUCAGGCUUGCAACUGAAGCAUGACCCCCAGUCCAUGGAAAAACUUUUGGGGGCCAAUCUGUUCGACUUAUCUCACCAGGAGCGCUGGAUUCUCCACAACCUGUGGACUAAAGAGAUUCUUGAACACGCCCAAAAGGGGGCUAUCGAAGCCAUUACAUCCCAUUCCGUUGCAAAAUCCCGAUAUACGGCAAUUCAGGAUGAGCUGCAUCUCCGUUGUCUGCAUCAAGCAGACGUCGUUGGAAUGACGACCGCGGGCCUUGCCAGGAGGCUGAAAAUGCUCCAAAACCUGCAGUGCAAGGUCGUUUUGUGUGAGGAGGCCGGUGAGGUCCUUGAACCUCAUCUUCUGACGGCCUUUUUACCUGAAGUGGAACAUGUUAUCCUCAUCGGAGACCAUCAACAACUGCCUCCACGUGUGCAAAACUAUGAUCUUUCCAGAGAGAACCGGAACAAUGGCGCACAGUACUCCCUCGAUGUGUCUCUCUUUGAAAGAUUACUGGAUCCAAAAAAUACCGCUCUAGGCUGCGAGCUUCCAUUCAAAGCGUUGGAGACGCAGCGGCGAAUGCACCCAUCAAUCGCUGAGCUAAUCCGUGGUCCUUCGUAUCCGCACCUCAAGGAUCACUCAGUCGUUUCGCAAUGGCCCGAGGUCACUGGGAUGAGGAGAAGGCUAUUUUGGUUUGAUCACCGGGUUCCCGAAGGUGGGUUAUCAAAUGCUGAAGACCUGUCAACGUCUCACUGGAAUGACUUUGAGGUUGAUUUGACCAUGGCCUUGGUCAACCACCUCAUUAGACAAGGCGGAUACCAAGAAGGCAACAUAGCCGUCAUAACACCAUAUCUGGGCCAGUUGCACAGAUUUCGUCAGAAGCUUCAGGAUUCUGUUAUCCUUGCACUGAAUGAAAAUGACCAGGAAGAUCUCAAAAACGCCGGUUUCGAAUAUGAUCCUCAAGUGAACAAGUCGGUCAUGAAGGCACCUCUAUCACAAGUCUUGAGGGUUUCUACCGUCGAUAAUUUCCAAGGCGAGGAGGCAAAAGUGGUGGUGGUUUCACUCGUCAGGAGUAACCAAAAUAGUAGCUGUGGUUUCUUGCGCACUCCUAAUCGGAUCAAUGUCCUUUUGUCCCGAGCUCAACAUGGAAUGUACAUCAUUGGCAACUCUACGACCUCGAGGCACGUCAAAAUGUGGGCUCAGGUAAUCGACAUCCUACGACGAAAUAACAACAUCGGUGGGGCAUUGGAGCUGCAGUGCCCGCGGCAUCCAGACACGAUAAUUAAGGUCACCAAACCUGAUGACUUCGCGCGACUGUCUCCUGAAGGAGGCUGUGAUCUACCUUGUGCAAGUCGCCUAUCAUGUGGCCAUCCCUGCAUACAGAAAUGCCACUCCGAUGUUCUGCACAGCGCAGUGAAGUGCCUUGAGCCUUGCCCUCGGUCCCGAAAGGGUUGCGACCAUCAAUGCCCCAAUAUCGCUGUCCAGAAGAGUGCAAAGUUGUGA